AUGGCAGAAAUGAAAUACCAUUUGCGUAUUAACAGUUUUUGGAAGGAAUACACAAAGUGGACCUAUCACGGAGACACGGCUACAAUUGCAGAAGUAAGCGAUGUUACGCCACAAGACGGUAUGGGAAACGUUAUUGAAGACAUUAGGGGGGAGCGUAUGGAAGAAGAUACAUACCUUAACCAAGAGAACUCGAAUGGAGAUAGUAGCGGUGUUGUUGAUGAUUUUGAAGACCUGGUAAAGGAAGUUGAAACAGAAUUAUAUCCUGGUUGUACCAAGUAUUCUUCUAUCGACUUUUUAGCAAAGCUUUUGAAUAUAAAGGAUACGUACCAUUUGCAAAAUGAAGCAGUAGAUCGAAUCCUCUCGUUGUUGCGAGAGUCAAUGCUAGAAGGCAACAAGAUUCCCCCUUCGUAUUAUGUUGCUAAGAAGACAUUUAAGAAGUUUGGUUUGGCAUAUGAGAUGAUAGAUGUGUGCACAAAUGAUUGUGCUCUCUUUUGGAAAGAAAACGAAUCCUUGCAAAAUUGUCCCGUUUGUAAUGAGAGUCGACGGGUCGAUAAAGACACCAAAGGCACGAAUGUGGCUCGUAAGGUGUUACGAUACUUUCCUUUGACGCCUAGACUACGACGUUUGUAUUGUUCAAGGAACACAACGAAAGAUAUGAUAUGGCAUAGUACCGGACGAUCGGAAGAUGGGACUAUGCGUCAUCCAGUUGAUGGAUCUGCAUGGCAAGACUUUGAUAAAAAGUACCCAAACUUCGCGAUGGAGCCACGAAAUGUUCGCUUAGGGCUUGCAGCUGAUGGUUUUAAUCCCUUUAACAACGGUAGUGGAUCCUCAACUCAUAGCACGUGGCCGGUUAUAUUCACCACAUAUAAUCUGCCUCCCUGGCUAUGCAUGCGAGAGUCCACAUUCAUGUUGACCUUGUUAAUUCCUGGCCCUAAAUCACCUAGGAAAGACAUGGACGUUUUCCUUAGACCGUUAGUGGAUGAGCUUAAGCAAUUGUGGCAGACAGGUGUACGUACUAAAGACGCAGCAACAAACACAUACUUCACAAUGAAGGCGUUGUUGUUAUGGACCAUAAAUGACUUUCCAGCACGUAGUAGUCUAUCAGGUUGGAGCGGACAAGGCUACAUGGCAUGCCCAACUUGUAACCAAGACACUCCUUCAAUACGUGUAACUAGUAAAUGUGCUUAUGUUGGUCAUCGUCGGUUCUUAGAUGCCAACCAUCCUUGGAGAACAAGUCUCGACUUUAACGGGAGACCCGAGACACGAGACCCUCCGAGACAGUUUAGCCCAGCUGACAUAGAAGCUCAACUCGAUCGUUUAAUUAAUCGUCUACCAGGAAAGCAUCCAGCUUUUGGAGGUGGGAGGAUAACCCGGUCAGAUUUCGAGUUGAACUGGUCUAGAAGAAGCAUAUUUUUUGACCUUGAGUAUUGGUCUUCUCUACAGCUGAAACAUAACUUAGAUGUAAUGCAUAUAGAGAAAAAUGUGUGCGACAGCUUGCUCGAUACUCUUCUAAUGAACGAUAAGGGCAAAGACACGCCAAAUGAUCGGUCUGACUUGGAAAAACUAAACAUUCGGCCGACACAAUGGCUGAAACAAUCAGGUGGCAAGUUCUUAAGUCCCCACCCAAAGUACUCAUUCAAGUCCGAUGACCGAAAACUUUUUUGUGAGUUUAUAAAAAAUGUUAAAUUACCAGAUGGGUUUGGAUCUAAUAUCAGUAAGAGGGUGAUAGAUAACAAUGCUAACAUUACCGGGUUGAAAUCUCAUGACUGUCAUAUCCUCAUGCAAUGUUUGAUACCGAUUGGGCAACUUUGCUCUAGAACACUAUCGGUGGAUGAUAUGAAGAAAGCAAAGGAUGACAUUGUUACCAUCUUAUGCAAGUUAGAGAUGAUCUAUCCACCUGCGUUUUUUGACAUUAUGGUUCAUUUACUUGUGCAUUUACCUGAUGAAGCGAUUGCGGGAGGUCCAGUAGCUUUUAGAUGGAUGUAUCCAUUUGAAAGGUACAUGAAAAAACUAAAGAACUAUGUCAAAAACCCGGCAAGGCCUGAAGGUUGUAUAGCUGAAGGUUAUGUGUUUGAAGAAGCUCUAACAUUUUGUUCAAUGUACCUUAAAGAUGUUCAGACUAAGUUCAAUCGCCCAAAUAGAAACGAUGAUGUUGUUGUUGAAAAAAGAAAGUUAUGGGUGUUUGAGUCCAAAUGUCGUCCUGUUGGCGCAACAAAGAACAAAUAUCUAUCAUUCAUCGAAAAAAGCAAGAUGGAAUGGUUUGUCCUCGAAAACUGCACAUAA